AUGGCGGGCAAGAGCGAUUCCGCGCGACGCAGCCACACCAAGAAGAGCAAGUCUAAGGGCGCCAAGGACUCGGCCACUGCCGCGCAAAAGGCGCCUCCGAAGGCUGAGGCUACAGAAGCCAGUGUUAGUGAGCCGCCCCCGGCCAAGCCUGCGGCCAUGAAGACCAAAUUCUGCCUCAACUGCCAGAAGGACCUGACGCGCAACAUCCGCAUCACAUGCGCCGAGUGCAAAUCUCAACCGCCUUUUGAGUUAUGUGUUGAGUGUUUUGCCGUGGGUAUUGAGUUGGGCGAGCACAAGAAGAACCACAAGUACACGGUCUCGGACUGUUUGGCCUUCCCCAUCGUCUACGAGCCGCCUACAGCUGAGAGCGCGACAUCGACACCUGCAGCGAUCGGUACCAAUGCUGCAGCCUUUCCUACUACCAGCAAUGACACUUCCAAUGCUGUAUGGACAGCGGACGAGGAGUUGUUGCUGCUCGAGGGCAUCGAGAUGUUUGGCAUGGGCAACUGGAAGGACAUUGCCGAGCAUGUCGUUACCAAAAGUGAUAAGAAGUGUGAAAAACAUUAUCUAACGGCCUAUUUGGGCUGGAAAGACCUUAUGCCUCGGUUCAUUGGCGAUGAUAUUGAGGAGAACAAGGAUGAGGAGAACAAGAGCGACAAGCAGUUGAGUACUGAGGACAAGGCGGCUGAGAUGAAUGCAGCCUCGGAUAAUGUGGUUAGAGGUGCGCCAGGAGAGAGGAACGGGCCCAGUCAAUUGGCUGGGUACAUGCCGCUACGUGGAGACUUUGACGUUGAAUACGACAAUGAAGCCGAGAUGAUUCUGGCUGAUAUGGAGUUCUCGGAGGGAGAUCACCCCGCUGAACGUGAGUUGAAGCUGAAGGUUAUUCAGAUUUACAACCAGAAACUGGAGAAGCGCAUGCAGCGCAAGAAAUUCGUAGUAGAGCGAGGGCUGUUGGAUUACAAGCUGCACCAGCACACGGAGCGUAAGCGACCGAAAGAGGAGCGUGAGUUGCUGGCUCAAGUUCGGCCGUUCGCGCGGUUUCAAACCCCGGGAGAUCACGAUAACUUUGUGGAGGGCUUGAUCACAGCCAUGAGACUCAAGAAACAGAUUCUGCUGCUGCAGGAGUACCGCAAGAACGGUGUCAAGACGCUGGCUGAGGCAGAACUUUACGAUGCGGAGAAGAAGAAGCGCGAGCUGGAUCAGGCGAUCCAGAAGCAGCGUGAUAGUGCCUCUUAUUUAUACGAGUCGGGUCGGACAACAUCGAGCCGCGAUCGUGCUAACAGGUGGCAGAACCGGGAACAGGGUGGGAGUAGCGAUGCAAGUGGCGAGAGUUCUAGAACGAGAGGAUCCAGUGCAGGUGCGCUCAACGCGAUUGCAGCAACCUUUUCCAUUGAAGGUACACCAGGAUGCCAUUUGUUGACUCCGAAGGAGAAGGAAUUGUGCUCCAAGCUGAAGUUACUACCGAAGCAUUAUUUGGUGAUCAAAGACGCGUUGGUUCGCGAGUGUUAUCGGUUGGGUUACUUGACUAAGAAGAUGGCCAAGGAGACUGUCCAGAUAGAUGUGAACACGACUGGUCACGUUUACGACUUUUUCGUCAAGUGUGGCUGGGUAAAGUCGGAGAAUGCUACUCCGACAGUUUCUUCCUCCUUGAAAACCAAGAGUCCUAAGAAGGGCAAGAAGCCUGCGGUGGAGGCUGUCAAUAGCGCGUUAGUAAUAGCAAACAAGGAGGGGCAGUCUGUGACUCCAGCCAAGCGUAAAGCGGCCGAGAUGGAAGCAGGCACGAAAUUGUGA